UUGUGCGGCGCUGAGGAGACACAGCUGUGAUUAUGACUGAGAAUAAUGGAGAAAAAUGGAAACGCGGCGAACUGAGAUUACCGAGGACACCUACGGAGGUUCGGACUGGACGUAAGAACCCCGCUGCGUUUUAAAUCCCGCCACAGAUGUGGGGAUUUUCUGGAUAACUUACGACGCAGUGAAGUUACGGGAAUCUUUGUCAUCCCGGACUAAAGAAAGACAAGGCGGCCUGAAAUUACACGGACGUCCGUGGAAGUUGAGCUAGCUUAGUUAGCAAUUAGCUCUCUGUGAAUUAGCAUUGCUCUUUUUUCUAUUCACUGGGAAACUGUCUUAUAAAGCGUAACAUUAUGUCGCUAAAUGUAGCGCAGCAGUGACAGUGUCUCUGAAUAAUUUGAGGUGUUUUGUGCAGCAGCAGUGAGAAUAGCUAAGCUAGCUUGCUAGCUGUCCGGCAGUGCUAGCUUGUUGUUCCCCUGCUAACUUAGCAAGAAAGCUGCCUUUAAAUGGGAACAAAAAGACUCCUGGUUUGGUUUUGUGUUAGUUGACUCGAAAACUCAUUUCCUCAGAUAUAUGUGCUUUUAAAAUUUCUAAAGUGGCAGUAGUCGCUGAGGUUAUUGUAAUUAUCAUUCCAGACAAUAAGCAUAUUUUCCUGCUUACAUAGAUUUUGCCAUCCAGAUUGGAAACUGUCCGGCUUCAGUUACACUUUGAUUAUCUGUGAUUUUUAAUCUGUAAUAACUAAUAACCGCCACGAUAUAGGGCAUUUUUGGAACAAAAAAGAAUUUCCUCCUGGAUAUUGUUUCUUUGAAGCAGUUUAAGUUGUGUAAAGUUUAUUUUCCCAGUGAAAGUCAGCUUUGGCCAAACUGUAUUUUCUCUUAUCUUUAACUUCAGCAAUAAGCAUGUUUCUCUUCCUUACAUUUCUCUUCCUUAUAUAAACUGUCCGGAUACAGUUAUCUGUGCUUUUAAUCUUUAUUGAACUUCUCUUCGAUAAGGAAUUUUAGGAACAAAAAAGAAUUUGGUCUUGGCUGCAUGUUUUUACAGCAGUUCACAUUGGGUUAAGUUUUUUCCCCCUCUGUGAGCUCCACCUUUGACCAAACUAUAAUUUCUCUUAUCUUUAAAUUCAGCAAUAAGAAUGUUGUGCUUUCCAGAACCACAUUUUUGGCAGCCAGCUUGUUUUUCGUGCAGGACAUUCCUCUGAGACUGCAGACCUUAUUUUAAGUCUGAAAAUUACCUACCUGCACACAGUCCAGAAGAAGCAAAACAAAGACUUUACGCCUCCGUUCUGCAAGUUCAUGGCAUAACAGACUUUGCUUUGGAUCAAGCAAGAGGGAGAACGUAUAUAAGGGUUCCGUCCACCUCUUCAGUCGCUCAUCCUCAGCCUUGCCGGGCUCAGAUGUGAGUUGCCAUGGGCAGCCAGGGCAGCCCGGUGAAAAGCUACGACUACCUGCUCAAGUUCCUCCUGGUCGGAGACAGCGACGUGGGCAAAGGAGAGAUCCUGGACAGCCUGCAGGAUGGAUCUGCAGAGUCCCCGUACGCUUACAGUAGUGGUAUCGACUAUAAAACCACCACUAUUCUUCUGGAUGGCCGGAGGGUGAAGCUGGAGCUUUGGGACACUUCAGGACAGGGGAGGUUCUGCACCAUAUUUCGCUCGUAUUCCCGCGGCGCUCAGGGGAUCCUGCUGGUUUAUGACAUCACUAACCGGUGGUCCUUCGACGGCAUCGACAGGUGGAUCAGAGAGAUCGAUGAGCAUGCCCCAGGUGUUCCUCGGAUCCUCGUAGGUAACCGCCUCCACCUGGCCUUCAAGCGGCAGGUUCCCACCGAGCAGGCGAGGGCGUACGCCGAGAAGAACGGCAUGACCUUCUUCGAGGUGAGCCCGCUGUGCAACUUCAAUGUCAUCGAGUCCUUCACGGAGCUGUCGCGCAUCGUCCUGAUGAGGCACGGCAUGGAGAAGUUCUGGAGGCCCAACAGAGUGUUCAGCCUCCAGGACCUCUGCUGCAGAGCCAUCGUGUCGUGCACGCCGGUCCACCUCAUUGACAAGCUGCCGCUGCCCGUCGCCAUCAAGUCCCACCUCAAGUCCUUCUCCAUGGCCAACGGAAUGAACGCCGUCAUGAUGCACGGACGCUCCUACUCGCUGGCCAACCCGGCCGGCGGCUCCAAAGGCAACAGCCUGAAGCGCUCCAAGUCCAUCCGUCCGCCGCAGAGUCCGCCGCAGAACUGCACCCGCAACAACUGCAAAAUCUCCUAACUCCUAACCGCGGCGUGGGGU